CACUGAAGAAUAAGACCUCAUUUGGACUGUUACUUUCGGCCAGAAUCUGAUCUCCUCCAUUCUCGCCGCCGUUUCCUUGUCUGAUUUCCUCUCUCUCUCUCUCUCCACAGACGUAAACACUCACACAUCAGAGGAAAAGGGAGGAACUUUCUUUCUUGGGUUUGAAGUGAAAUGGCGAGUAGUGGAGGAUAUGGCGAUGCGAGCCAGAAGGUAGACUACGUGUUCAAGGUGGUGCUGAUUGGUGAUUCGGCGGUGGGCAAGUCCCAAAUACUGUCACGUUUCGCCCGCAACGAGUUCAGCUUGGACUCAAAGGCCACCAUCGGUGUUGAAUUCCAGACCCGGACUAUGGUUAUACAGCAUAAGUCCGUCAAAGCUCAGAUCUGGGAUACCGCCGGCCAAGAAAGAUACCGAGCUGUUACAAGUGCAUAUUACAGGGGCGCUGUGGGGGCUAUGUUGGUGUACGACAUAACAAAACGACAGACCUUUGACCACAUCCCACGUUGGCUAGAUGAAUUGCGUGCUCAUGCAGACAAAAACAUUGUAAUAAUUCUGAUUGGGAACAAAACUGAUCUUGAGGACCAGAGAGCUGUGCCUACGGAGGAUGCCAAGGAAUUUGCUGAAAAGGAAGGACUCUUCUUCCUAGAAACCUCAGCACUGGAAGCGACAAAUGUGGAGGAGGCAUUCGUAACCGUGUUGACAGAGAUUUUCAACAUUGUGAACAAGAAAAACCUCGUUGCUGGUGAUGAUCAAGCAAAUGGCAAUCCCGCGUCUUUAUCUGGCAAGAAGAUUGUUAUUCCUGGUCCAGCCCAAGUAAUCCCAGAGAAGAAUAGGAUGUGUUGUAGAUCGUGAUUUCUUUCUUUAAGGGUGGUAAGUUUUUUUGUGUUUGUGGUGUAUUGAGUUGUAAAUUUAUGUUGUUACAGCAUCUGCAUGAUAGGUAAAUGAUUAUUUGGUUUUGAUAUGAGAAACAGCAUAACACUAAGUUCAGAUUUGUUUCUAAUUAAGUUAUUCAGCCCCUUUGCAAAUCAUGAGGCAGCUUUA